AUAUUGUUGAAUAUUAGUCGAAACUCAAUUAUUUGGUACCCUGCACCACUUUAUCAGGAGCGUCGGGAAUCCCGUCGUAUGCUGGAAAACCAAAGAAAAUCAGGAUUUUCCUGUAUCUGCAGUUUGUAUGGAGAUUCCACCGCUUUCUUGGUAUUCGGUGCUCCUUACAGCUGGGUCACUUUUAUUCUUCUUCUUUCUAUGGAGAAGCAAGAGGACAGGGCUUUCUCUUCCCCCCGGACCUCCUGCUUGGCCUAUUGUGGGAAACCUCUUUCAGCUGGGAAGGAGACCUCACGAGUCUCUGCAUGCCCUUUCUCUGCAAUACGGCCCAUUGAUGACUCUCCGUCUAGGCAUGAAAACCACAGUGGUCGUCUCUUCUCCUGCCAUGGCCAAGGAGGUUCUCAAAACGCACGACCACAUCUUAGCCGGGCGGACGGUGUUAGAAUUCGCCAAAUCUCUUUCCCAUCACAAGUCUUCCCUGAUUUGGGGCGAGUACGGACCUCACUGGCGCAAUCUCCGACGCAUUUCAACCGUUGAACUUUUCAGCCCCAAAAGAAUGGAAGCUCUGGAACACCUCAGAAGAGAUGAGGUAUUUCACACAAUUCGACUACUUUAUGAGAAGAAGGGAAAGGUCGUGGAUAUCGGGCGGACGGUGUUCUGCACGUCUCUAAAUUUGUUAGGCGAAAUGAUCUUCAGCACAAGCGUCUUCGAUCCCCACAAUCCAGAGUCUGCGGGAUUCAAAAAUUUCUUCGGGGAGAUGGCGAAGCUCGGUGGAACGCCUAAUUUGGCUGACUUUUUUCCGUUUCUGAGAUUCCUCGACCCCCAGGGUGUUUCAGGGGAGACGGCCAAGCAUUUGAAAUGUGUGUAUGAUUUUGUGGACUUGUUCAUACAGAAAAGGUUCGCCUCUGCUAGCGAACCUUUUCUAGAUGACUCCAAGAAGGAUUUUCUAGACGUCCUGCUUGAUUUCAGAAGCGAAGACUUCACUCUCGUUGAUAUUCGAGCCCUGAUAACCGAUUUGUUUGCUGCUGGAAUUGAAACGAGCACUACAACAAUAGAAUGGGCCAUGGCAGAAUUCAUUCACAAUCCGCAGAAACUAAACCGAGUCCUCCAAGAAUUGGAUGAAGUGGUCGGUUGCAACAGAAGAGUGGAAGAAUCUGACUUGGAUCAUUUGCCUUAUCUACAUGCAGCCGUGAAGGAAAUAUUCCGAUUGCACCCGACGGUUCCUCUGCUGCUCCCCCAUAAAGCCGAAAGCUCCUGCGUGAUCGGGGGAUUUGUGAUACCCAAAAACAACCAGGUGAUGGUGAACGUGUGGGCCAUUGGGAUGGACCCUGCAAUUUGGAAGAGCCCUUCAGAAUUUGUGCCAGAGAGAUUUUUGGAGGGUGAGAAUAGCAAGAUGGAUUACAGGGGACAAAACUUUGAGUUGAUUCCAUUUGGAUCGGGAAGAAGAAUUUGUCCAGGGCUUCCAUUGGCAAAUCGUAUGAUUAAUUUUGUUUUGGCUUCUUUGCUUCAUUCCUUUGAGUGGAUACUUCCAGAUGGGAUGAACUCCGAGCAGUUGGACAUGGCGGACGAGUUUGGACUUACUUUAAAGAAGGGCGUAGUAUUAAAUGCAAUCCCUGUAACUCGUCUGCCACAUCAUCUGUACUAGUGCCCGGCGAAAAGUAUUAACUUACGAAUGAUGUUGAUCGUUUUGUUUUGUUCUCUUCAAUGGUGUAUCUGUUUAAACAGCUGUUACUGUAUUAAUAUGAUAUAUUUUAAAAAUAUGUAUUUUAAAUGUUAAAUA